AUGGAGGUUUGCUCACUUACAAUAAGCUUUGUCUUGGUAAUAUUGACUGGUUUUUUGUGGUCAUCAAAUGCUCAUACUUUAGAUGUCGGGGGCGACGAAGGCUGGAGCCUUCAUCCCUCCGAAAACUACACUCAUUGGGCUCGAAGAUACCGAUUUAAGAUCAACGACAAACUUUUUUUCAAGUAUGAGAAAGGCCACAACUCGGUUCUCAUCGUGAACCAAAACGACUACACCGAAUGCAACAAGGCAAACCCCAUCAAGACACUAAAGGGAGGUCACUCGAAAUUCAAGCUAAAGAGAUCGGGCCCGUUUUUCUUCAUAAGCGGGCACGACCAAAACUGUGAAAAGGGGCAGAAGCUCGAAAUCGUAGUCAUUUCUCAACAUCAUCAUAACCGCAAUAAUAGUUCUCCAUCUCCACCGCCCCUUAAACCACCACAUUCUGCCGCUCCGUUGCCGGCGGCAGGACUCACGGCCCCCACACCGCCAGUCGAGCCACCAUCCCUUUCCCCAUCCCCAUCUUCGGUGGCCGGAAAAGUCCCAACACUCAUGUCGCCAGUCGAGCUGCCACCCCAUUCUCCGGCAGCCGCCAAAGCCCCCACGCGCUCGCCGCCAGUCAGGCAACCUUCGCCAUCUCCGGCGAAAACUCCGACCAAUCCCGUCGGACCACAUUCCCAUUCCCCAUUGCCGUAUCCGGCGGCCAAUACCCCUGCAACCGAGCCACCAUCUCAUUCUCCAGCGGCCGCCAAAGCCCCCACGCGCUUGCCGCCAGUCGGGCCACCUUCACCAUCUCCGGCAAAAACUCCGGCCGAUCCCAUCGGACCACACUCCUAUUCCCCGUCGCCUUAUCCUGCGGCCGAAACCCCUGCAACCGAGCCACCAAUAAUCACCGAGCCAUCGUCUCGUUCUCCGGCGGCCGAGCCUGCACAGCAUUUCCAUGCUCCGGCGCAUGCUUCUUCUACCGCGCCAGAUUUCCGCUUUUCCUUAUAUCGGCUGGCGGUUUUUGGUCUUGUAUCAGUUUCUGUUGGCUUUGUUUGA